UAAUUGUUGUGAUAAACUUAUUAAAUAGAAAAUGUCUACCAAUCUUCAACCAAAUGAAAGAUCCAUUGCAGUUUCUCACAAUGAUUGAAGUUUUCUCCAGCACAGAUGAAGGCGUCCCUGAUUAAUGAUUUGGAGAACGCAAUAGACCGCCUGGAGGAAAGACCCGCGCCUUUUGCCAAGAAGCCUGAACUAUACAAAGACGUGCGGGAUGCAAUUUUGUCUUCACAGGAUUAUGAGGUCUUAGAGCAGUUUUACGUCUUCCUCGCGGACGCAUAUCGUGAGCAGGGAAAUGAAGGGUCUACAGCUGGAAGCAAUAAGCAGUUCUGCCUCCAGUUCUUACCUGCCAUUGUAUUGCGAUAUUUAUCUCUGCUCGUCACACAGAACUCAGAUCAGGAAAUGGUUGUCAGCUUAAUGGAAGCUUUCUUCGUUGUAAUAUGUACUAAUAUCUCAAGAAAGCUGAAAAAGUCAGCCAGUUUGCCCGAGCUGACAGACGGAAUUGUCAAUGAGAACCUAAUUUUGGUGCCAAGUUUACUGAAAGCGUCAGUCUACAUGAACAAUAAUGAGGUGCUCUUCCCCAAAGACUUUAUAUCAUACCCUUCGACCAGACUGGAAUUCCUUAGAAUGAGGACGGAACCUUCUAUCACCAAGUUGGAUGCAAAUAACAGAGUUCUGGAUAACAAGAGACAAGAAGUGUUGGCCUUUGCUAUCAGACAGUACAACUGUUUUGCGGGAGACGCGUACAUCAAAUCUCAGGAAGAUUUCUGCCUCAUGUGCUCUUGUAUCGUUCUUAGCGGAUUCGAUUUGAGGCGACUCAAGUUUUCAUAUUCUGUUUCUUCCUCGGAAGUGAGGUCUCACCUGGCUCCUAAAAGAUUCGUACUGUCCCAGUUCCUGGUCAUGGAGAUGCUGCAGGGUCUUUACCAACUAUCAUUCUACCUCUCAGUGCGCAACUGCAGUAUGAGAGCACUGGAACAUGUCUCCUUCCGAACUAGACACUCCCUCACGCCAAAUCUCAUCAUGCUAGCCGACUCAAUUUGCACGGCUGUAGAUCGCAGCUGCCUCAAACAGAACCGAGACAUCCUAGCAGAGCCAGAGGUUUCCUACCAGGAGCGCCAGGCAAUAGUAACCUCAGAUUCACUUCGCAUCGCAGCUCGACGAGAAAGCAUCCGACUCGAUAAGCUCGAAAACUUUGGACCCCACAUUCACGGCGCAGAAGCUCCCACAAUGAGAAUGGGUCACAAUAAUAAAGACAACAUUAGACGCCUGGGGCCGAUUGACGAUAACCAACGAGAUUUGCACCAGAAUAACCCGACAAAUAAUCACUUCUCUGAUAAACAACAGAAACCGUCCAAGUUCGAGUACUCUCCAGAUUUGAAAACAAUCGAAGGUUCCCCGAAUCGCUUUAAAAUCCAAUUGGCUAACGAAAACUCAACGGUGAGUUCAAGUGUGAUGACGUCGAAACAUUUUCACGGCCGCUCCGAACUCCGAACAUCGCAGCUGCAACAAAACUCGAUUGAGAUGUACUCGCACACAACAACAACAACAACAGGUGAAUCUCAAAAUUUUAGUGCAGUGAACAAUAUUAAUCACGGAGCUGAAUACUCCUCCCCACACAACUCCACCGGCGGGAAGUUCAAGAAGAACCACAGUAGCAGCCAAUCCAGUUUUAAUUCGAGGGUAUCUCCGAAAAAGUACGGAGCAAAUGCUCAUCAGAAGUCACCCAAACAUUAUUUAGCAGCUGUGGGGGACAACUCGUUGGACAGCAGUGGGAGUGUUAGUAGUAGGUACUCGCCGUCCGUAAUUUUUCAAAUGGGAGAUUCAGGUGGGGAUUUAUUAACGGGCACUGACGGGGCUGGUAAUAGUUUAGAGUCAUCUCCCGCCAGAAACCGGUCUCAGCAUUUUGAUGAUAGAGUUUCAGACCUGGAGUUAAACGGAGAGUCGAAAGUCAAGCAAUUAUGUACUAGUUUCAAAUUCAGCGUCGAUGCAUAUGACGCAGAUGAAACACUCAAAGAAGUGUCUGCGAAUUCUUAUGGGCGUAUUGGUGCUGGUAAAAAAGAAGCGGAAUUGUACGUAGAUGAUGAGAAUGACUAUGCAAUAGAAGGAGAUCCUGAAUCAAAGUCGACCAAAAGAGUUUCGGUGCCUCUAGCUGUAGUUUCGGAGCUAUGAGAAGGAACAUCACUUUGAAAAGUUGCCUGAAACUCGUAAACUUCAAAACGGUUCCAUAAUAUCCCCCAAAAAUGUUGCUGGUGUUGAUAUUUUUGUUGCAUUUGUCGUUUUUCUGUCCACUAUAAUAUCGGUUACGGUGCAAUUUUUUUUGCAAUAUGCAAGAUUGGGAACCAAAAAAUUAAACCCCCAA